AGAAAAAGAAAAAAUGAAUACUAUAACUCAUAAUGAUGAAGAUAAUACAAAAAAAAAAAAUAUAGAGGAUAAAAAGAAAGCUAACGGUGAUGAUAAAGUACCACAAAGAUGUAUUAACAAUGAAAGGAAAAAAAAACAAAAUGGUAUGAUUCAAAGUAUAAACGAUGGUGAUAAAAAUAGUAAUUUUAAUAAUAACAAUAAUAAUAAUAAUAUUAAUGGUGAUAGUAAUAAUAAUAAUAAUAAUAAUAAUUAUAAUAAUAAUUAUCAUAAUAAUAAUUGUAGGAAUAAUAUUUUAGACCAAAAUAAGUGUGAUAAAAAUGUUUUGUGUUAUAAUAAUAUAUAUAAGACAAUGAAAGAUAAUGAUACUUAUAUAUAUUUAAAAAAGAAUAAAUUUCAUUCGUUAUUAAAAAGUAAUUGUAUGAAAACUAAUUUUAAUAUGAUAAAGAUAGGUUAUGUAAUAUUUUUAUUUCUGUUAUUAUGUUUAUGUAUAUAUUUAAUAACAGGAGUAGAAUGCAGUUUAUUCGGUAUAUAUAUAUAUUUGAGUUAUUUUAAUUUUAAUAUUGAAGGAAUAUUAAUUGAUUAUAUGGAUAUGUUAAAUAUUUUAAAAUUAAAAAUAAAGAAAGGAUAUAUUUAUCCUUUUUUUGUUAUGUUACCAUUUAUUUUCCCUGUAAUAAUAGCUAUGUGUUUCUUUUUAAGUGUAUUUUUUUUAAAUAUGUAUUAUGAAAGCUUUUCAAAGUUAUAUAAAAAGAUUAGUGAACUAAAGAAUGAAUUCAUAAGUUCCACAGAAAACGACAAUGUGAAUGAAAGAAUAUUGGUAUCCGAAACUUCUAAUCAUUUAUAUUUAAAUGAAAGUAACGAUAAAGUAUCUAAUACAUCAGAUGAUUUUUUAUCAAUAAAUAAUAGCAACAUAUCUAGUUCAAAAAGUGAAAUGAUAAAUUCAAAUUUUGUAUUUAAUAAACUUUUGAAUUCUUAUUUUUCAUUUGCAGUUUUUUUUUCCUAUUUAGGUUCUGCAUUUUUACAUAUAUCCUUAGGUGAAAUUAUAUGUAUUGCAUUAUUAACAUUUUAUCAAAUUGUAAAGCAUACCAAUAAUCUGAAUAUCACAAUAUUACUUAAGAGUGAGAAGAUUAAAUUUUGUAAAUUCCUUUUAUUUAUAUUAUAUGGGUUGGUAUGCUUUUCCAUAAAUUUGUAUGUAAACCAAUGGGAGGAAUAUAUAACGAAAUUAAAAAGGUUAAAAAGACGUAUUUUAUUGUUUGAAAAAAAUAAAUUUAGUGAGAUUGUGGAUCUGAAUACGCAAAAGGGUGAUGGUGACGAUUUUGAUGAAACACAAAUAUUUUCCAUAUUUUUUUCUUUUUUAAUAAAAAAAAAUGAGGGUUCAAAAAUGAGGGAUAAUGAUAUGAAUAGUGAGAGCGAAGACAGUAUAUAUGAUGCUUAUGAGCCGCAGAUACAAUUACACCAUGGUAAUAAUAUUGUCAAUGGUAUGUUGAUGAUGAGAAGAAUAUCGAUGCAAAAUUUAGAGGAUGACGAAACCCAAGUUGAAUAUAUAAAUAGGGAGAUGCAUACGCAAGGUGAUUUACAUGUACGAAGAACGAAUCAAGGUAUCUUAAGAUUUAAUAUGAGAAGGGGCAAAAAACGGGCCAAUGAACAAAUGGGUGUCCAUCAUGAGAGUGGUAAUGUGGAUGAUAUAAAUAAUGUGGAUGGUACGAAUAAUAUGAAUAAUAUGAAUAAUGUGGAUAACAUGAACAAUAUGAAUAAUGUGGGUAACAUGAACAAUAUGAACAAUAUAAAUAAUAAUGAUGGUGAAGAAGAAGAAUGCGUGAACCAUGUUUCAAAUUAUGAUAAUAAUAAUAAUGCUAUUAAUGAAGAUGCUGAGGAAUAUAUAAAAAAUACGUCAGCAGAACGAGCUGUUAUUAUUCGUUCUGAAAAAAGAAUAUAUGAAAAGAACGGAAAUGGUGAUAUAAUAACUAGAAAUUAUAAAAAUGAAGAACGAUAUAUAUAUUUAAAAAAAUGGAUGCCUUUUAAAUCUAUGAUAUUGUCAAAAUUAGAAAAGAGGAAAAGAAAUAGAAAAGAGGAAUAUAAUACACCUAAAGUAUUAAUAUUAGUACAUUCCUUUUUAUUUAUACUUAUUCUUUUGAUAUUUUUAAUGGUAUUUUUUAAAAAAGAACCUAUUUUUCGUUUUAAUAUGCCAUCAGUUAAUAAGCGUUUAAAUAAUUUUUUUAAAUCAACAAAUUUUCACGAAAUUAUACCAAAUAGUGUAGGGAAAUGUAAAACAAAAAAAUAUAUAGCAAAAGAACCAUGUUUUAAUGUGGGUCGUAUAUAUCAUGAAGAGAAGACAUUUUAUCAUGCAACUCUUUUAUUUUUACAAGGUUUAAGAUCUGUAAAAAUUAUGAAUAUGAAUUUUUAUUAUGAAAACGGAAUAUAUUAUUUAUCUUUGGAUGGAUAUUUUAAACAUAUUAUAGGUCCUCUCUUUCUUAAAUUAUGUUUAGGUACAAACUUUUGUCCCAUAAGUACAUAUGCAUUUUUAGUAGGAAGUAAACCAACUUUCUCAGUAAAUGUUGCUGUUCAAUGUAAUAAUAAAAAACCACCAUAUUAUAUGACGGAUAUUAUUGUAAAAGAUUUAAAAAUUACAAAAAUAGAAAUAGUUAAACAUUCAGAUGUAAUUGAUAAUGUGGAUAUUAAAUUAGAUGAUGUACAAGAUAGAGUACAAGAAAAGGUUAAUGCCAUGUUAGAAGCAAAAAAAAAAAUUAUUGUCUGGAAAAAUCAAAAGUACCAUUUGGAGGGUUUUCUCAAUUAUUUAAUAUCGAAAAAUGCCUUAUCUGGGUUUUCCUGUGAACCCAUAAAUUAUUGA